UGCCAUGGUAAGGAGGAGUCGGUCUGCAGUCAGCGCUUGGAGGAUGAGGCCCCAGGUCCCACCCCUACCCUGCUCCGAAGGCCAAGCAGGCCAGAUCCGAAGAAUCUGGGGGUUUUCCUCUGCCCCUGCUUCACCUGACUGAGUGACAGAGUCAGACUGGACAGUACUGCCCACAGCCCUGGUGCCUGCCGCACAGGCUGGGAAGAGCACCCCUCAUCUUAUGCAUCUGCCCAGCCAAGGUCUCCAGGCUCUAUGUCCCACCAAGAUGGACAGGGCAGCUGGACAGAGCAGGCCCUAUGCCCGCACUGGCUAGGGCGUCCCCCUCCGGAGGAGCUGUGGGGAGCAGAUCAUCCAGGGCACCCUCCCCUGGCUCUCUGAUGCUGGGAAGGCCCUGUCCAAGCUUCUGCUCUCCUGCUGUCUCAGCUCAGUGCAGAGUCACGAAGAUGAAGGUAGUGGUGCUGGGCCUGCUGGCCGUGGUCCUGGUGCUGGUCAUUGUCGGCCUCUGUCUCUGGCUGCCCUCGGCCUCCAAGGAACCUGACAACCAUGUGUACGCCAGGCCUGUUCAGCUGCGGAUGCCAAGCCCUGCUCGGAGAUUGGGAGGGUUCAACUUCUCAGCAGAGUCUGUGGCCAGGCCUGAAGGGAGGGUGAACGUGUACCACCACCUUGUGAAGAUGCUCAAGUUUGCCAGGGGGCAGAGGUGGAGGCUGAGGGACCCUCGAAGCCACCCAAAGCUCCAGAAUGCCUCCCGGGACCUGCUGGGGGAGACCCUGGCCCAGCUCAUCCGCCAACAGAUCGAUGGUCAGGGGGACCACCAGCUCAGCCACUACAGCUUGGCCGAGGCCUGGGGCCACGGGACAGGCACAUCCCAUGUGUCUGUGCUGGGGGAGGAUGGCAGCGCCGUGGCUGCCACCAGCACCAUCAACACACCCUUUGGAGCGAUGGUGUAUUCACCACGGACAGGCAUCAUCCUCAACAACAAGCUCCUGGAUUUAUGCGAGCGAUGCCCCCGGGGUUCCGGCACCACCCCCUCACCUGCAGUGAGUGGAGACAGGGUGGGUGGAGCUCCCGGAAGGUGCUGGCCCCCAGUUCCAGGCGAGCCUUCCCCGUCCUCCGUGGUGCCCUCCAUCUUGAUCAACAAAGCCCAGGGGUCGAAGCUAGUGAUUGGCAGGGCUGGUGGGGAGCUCAUCAUCUCUGCCGUGGCCCAGGCCAUCAUGAACAAGCUGUGGCUUGGCUUUGACCUGAGAGCGGCCAUUGCAGCCCCCAUCCUGCACGUCGACAGCAAGGGCUGUGUGGAGUACGAGCCCAGCUUCAGCCAGAGAUGAGAUCUUGCUCUGUUGCCUGGCCUGGACUGCAUGGUGCCAUCACGGCUCAUUGCAGCCUCAACCUCCAGGGCUCAAAUGAUCCUCUUGCCUCAGUCUCCCGCGUAGCUGGGACUGCAGGCUGUACAAGAGUUAUGGUGCCUGCAGUUGCUUGGCUUCUGAGGAUAUCUCAAGGGGAUUUUACUCGGUGGAACAUGAAGUGGGAGCAGACAUCUCUCAUGGCAGAGUGGGAGCAAGAAAGAGAGUAAGGCGGGAGGUUCCACACAUCUGAACAAUCAGAUCUUGCAAGAACUCACCCACUGUCAUGAGGACAGCACCAAGCCUCGCGGAAUCCUCUGAUGACCCAACCACCUCCCACCAGGUGCCACAUGCAACAUUGGGGAUUACGUUUCAACAGGAGAUUGAGAGAGGACACACAUCCACACUAUAUCAGGAGGUUCCCUCUCCCAGCCUGUGCCAACUGAGCCAUCUUCCCAUUCUGCAUCUUCUGGAGCAUCAGCCAGACUCACCUGCACACUGAGCAGUGGCUUCAGUGUUGGGGACUUCUGGAUAAGCUGGUACCAACAAAAGCCAGGGAACCCUCCCCGGUAUCUCCUGUACUACCACUCAGACUCCGAUAAGGGCCAAGGCUCUGGAGUUCCCAGCCGCUUCUCUGGCUCCAAUGAUGCAUCAGCCAAUGCAGGGAUUCUGCGUAUCUCUGGGCUCCAGCCUGAGGAUGAGGCUGACUAUUACUGUGGUACAUGGCACGGCAACUCUUAAGACUCACACACUGCUCCAGACCCAUGAGGAAUAAGACAAAAACCUCCCCUCUACUCUCCUGCCCUAGCGAAGUCACCCCUGCUGGUGGCUCUGACCAAAUCUAGCUCAGGGGGUGACAUCUGUUGUCACAUCAACAGCACUGGAGCUCCCACGGACAAGGUCUUGGUGGGAGGAUGUGUUCACUCAGUCCCACUCUGUCAGGGUCUCUGGGACAAAAGAACACCAUCUUCGGCACCUGGAGCAGUGGUAGCAUUGAGAGCAAAUAUGUGCAUUGGUGCCAUCAGCGCCUGGGCAGUGCCCCCACCACCAUAAUCUACAAUGAUAACAAAAGACCCUUCAGUGUUAAUGCAUUGAAGACCCUUCAGUGUUACACAUUGGUUCUCUGGCUCCAGCAGCUCCAUCCAACUCUGCCUCCCUGACCAUCUCUGGGCUGCAGUCUGAGGAUAAGGUCAACUACUACUGUCAUUCUUGUGAUAGCGACGGUAAUCACACAGUUCUCCAGACCCAUGGGGAAGUGAUACAGAAACUCCCCAGAGUGACCCCACCCUGGCUCAGCUCUCAGCCUGUCCCCAUCAGCUCUCUCCAAUUUCCUGCCUGAAUGCUGGAGGUGGACUUGUCUACUCAUGACUUCUCCAAUUUUCUCUCCAAAAAUACCACAUCUCUCCCUCUGUAUCUUUAUGAGUUAUCUUGUGAUACAUUUACCAUCAAGCCUCUCCUCUUCCCUGGGUACAAGUCAAACAACAUGGCCUCCCUCACCACUUCUGGGCUGAAGCCUGGGGACUGUGCUGAUGUGUAUUGUUUAUCACAGGACGGGAACCUUGAGGACUGCAUUGUGUGGGGGCCCACGGGGAAAUGAGAUACAAACCUGUGAGCUCCUCCAACCUAUUCACUGCGCUGAGGAAUUGCCCAGUGGACCUCUAGGAAGGCAUGAUGUGGGCUCCUUGUGGACACUAUUGGACGUUUGAAGGGGCUCUUAACUAAAGGACCUUUUUAAAGUUGGGAGUACUAACAGUGCUCCACAAAUUCAGUUAAGACUGUUUAGAAUUUCUCAUUCGACUAAUAUUGACGUGCAGCCCAAUUCUAAAGUAUUUUAGGAUCUGUUUAAUGAUAAGCAUUACAUAGAUUGUUAAUAGUAAAUAUAAAGAACAGAGAGUCUAGAUAUGUUUACUUAACCUCUGAUUUCAUUUCACAGAGAAACUGAUAAAAACAAGGAUGCCUGGAGUAGCUAAAAGAUGGUUCACUUACUCAUCUUUUCUGCCAACAGUCUUUCAAUUCUAUGUGGUGAUCAGUUAAGGGGACUUUGCACCAUUACAGUGUGCAUUGACCCCUUGCUGUCAUUUCUAGCACAGGAGCAGUAAUGCCACAACACAACUUCCUUCUGUAGUUUUCCAAAGGCCAACUUUCUCAAUGCUGCCUCUAGAGCUCCAUCUCCUCCUGUUUCUGCCACUCACCAUCAUCAGAUGUGAGGAGAAUUAAAAGUUGCAUGGGGACACCUAUGGAGUUUACUCCCCAGACAGGGUUUGUGAUGGGAAAGCUUUAGGUCACAGAUGCCUGACCUUAGAGGCCUAAUAAGAGAUCUAAUAUGAUAUCUUUAGUAUUAAUGGAGGUGAGCUAUAAGGAGGAGAGAUGAUAGAAUAUUCCAGGUGUUGGUAAUAGCAUUUGCCAAGAAUAGGGAUAAAACAGCUGUUCAUUUAACUAAUUAAUAUGACUUGUGUUUGGCUUGGGUAUGGCAGAUCUCAGCGGGGACAGGAUUAGGGGAAGUGAUUCUAGAUGUGUCCAGACGACAGAAAGGUAUAAUGUAAACAGAUCAUGAAGAGGACAGAUCCUGAGAAGUGUGCACAUGUCCACAGAGGCCACAUGGAGUCACUGUAGAUAGUAAAUCCUUAGCUGGUGUUUAUGAGCUCUUCAGGUGCAGAAUGGAGAAUGGAUUGCAAGGUAAACUAAGGCAACACCAGAGACAGGCACACUACUUAUGUUUCAGAGGAACUAAUUCAGGAUGAGAUGAUGGUGUCUUUUUAUAGAUUCCUAAGUGAAAAAAAGCAAAAGGAGCAAUUUUAGAUACAAAAUGAAGAAGUAAUUGGUAAAAAACGAAUGAGAUUGAGAGGUUUUUGGGGGCCAGAAAAAGAUGAACACCUAAGAUGAGCACCACACGUCUGGUUGGGGCUUUGGAAGGAUUCUUAUCCACCAUCUAAAAGAUGGGCCCUGGAGUCAUAGAUUUAUGACAAAAUAUAUGCCACUUAUGUUUGUGAUUUCCUCAGUGUUCCACAUGGUUCUGUGCUGAUUUUUACCAUUUAGCACAGGACAGGAACCUUGAGGACUGCAUUGUGUGGGAGCCCAUAGGGAAACAAGAUACAAACCUGUGAACUUCCUCCAACCUAUUCAGUGUACUGAGGGACGGUCCAAUGGACCUAUAGGAAGACAUGGUGUGGGCUCCUUGUAGACACUAUUAGAUGUUGGGGAGGAAAAGUAACUUUGGAGAGUUCCUUCAGGGUAGAAGAUGAAAAAAGGAAUGUAAAGUUUUUUAAAAUUAUAUGUACUUUUGUGUUAUAUGGAGUCUUAAAAUAACCAUGCACUUAUAAACUGUAGAUAGUAAAUUAUAUAUGUAUAUUUCACCUCAAUGAAAAUAGAUUAAAACAUAAAAAAUAAAAUAAGUAUGUACUUGU